AUGAGGGCGGACCCGAGGCUGCGCGGUUUCAAGGCUCCGGGCGAGACCGAAAGAAUACUGAUCGCCCUGUUCGCCGAUGAUACGACGGUCUACCUUUCUGAAAACGAUAAGUAUUGCGACCUACUGGACGUCCUAGAAAGGUGGUGCAAAGCCUCGCGAGCUCGAUUCAACAAGAACAAAACCGAAAUCAUACCGAUCGGGACAAAGGAGUACCGCGACAUGGUGCGAAGAACGCGCUCCCUGGACGGAACUGGAGCGGACAUACCGGAGGAUGUUGAGAUCCUGAAUGAUGGCCAGGCGACGAGACUACUCGGUGCAUGGGUCGGCAACGGAAUUGACCAAGCAACCGUGUGGACAGACACAGUAAGGAAGAUCGACAAAGAGCUGCGAAGAUGGCGCGCGGCAAAGCCCACGAUGCACGCGAAAGCCCUGGUAGUACAAAUGGUGGUGGGAGGCUUAACGCAGUACAAGACACGUGUUCAGGGGAUGCCAGACUCGGUGCGCGAGGAACUAAAUAGAAGCAUUAGAAGCUUCAUAUGGGGUGAAGGACGCGGCUCACCGAUCGCGAUGGCAGAAUUACAGAGA